CGACGAACUGCCAGCCUCCGGCUCUUUCACGCAGUAAUCGAGGUAAGCUGAACAUAUGUCAUGCAGUUCGACAUAUCACAGAAUCACGCAGAAUACGGUGGACGUAGGUGAAGACCGUGCGGACGUCCCCUGGUGUGAAGUGUGAUGGAGGGAGGGUAGGUACAUAAGAGGAGGGAGUGGUUGGGUUUCGACCACCUCCGCCUGGAUCCCUACUUCCAUCAUCUGCGAGCCCUCCCCGAGGCACCUUCUCCCGGACCCAUAAGCGUUACCCUAUCACUAUGCCGGAGCACGUCGAGUUCAAAGGCUACGCCCUCACCGACCCCAAGAAAUGGAGCGACCUCAAAGUGGCGUCCUUCCAGCCGAAGACCUUCGCCGGCGACGACGUCGAGAUCGCCAUCACGCACUGCGGAGUGUGCGGCUCGGACGUGCACACGCUCACGCAGGGCUGGGGCGAGUCCCACCUCCCGCUCGUCGUCGGGCACGAGAUCGUCGGCAAGGUCGUCCGUGUCGGCGGGAAGGUCGCUGGGAUCAAGGCGGGCGACCGCGUCGGCGUCGGAGCCAAGAUCGGUAGCUGCAUGGAGUGCAGAGCCUGCAAAGAAGGGCAGGAGAACUACUGCUUGAAGGGUGGAAUCUCCACUUACAACUCGGAAUACCCGGACGGCGUUAUCUCGCAGGGCGGGUACGCGACGGCGAUCCGGGCGCACCAGCAGUUCGUCUUCCCCAUCCCGGACCAGAUCGAGUCGCGCCACGCUGCGUCGAUGAUGUGUGCGGGCCUCACGGUGUUCUCGCCGCUGAAGACGUACGGCGCGGGACCAGGCAAGAAGGUCGGCGUCAUUGGCAUCGGCGGUCUUGGGCACUACGCACUGCUGUGGGCGAAGGCCAUGGGCGCGGAAGUGUACGCGUUCACGCACGACGAGAGCAAGAUGUCCGACAUCAAGAAGAUGGGCGCGGACGUCAUCGUCAACACGGGGGAGAAGGACUACCACAAAGAGCACGCCCGCUCGCUCGACCUUAUCAUCUCGACGCGCGAUUCGUACGGGAAGGACGCCCAAGGGGUGCUCGAUGAGUACCUGUCGAUGCUCUACGUGCACGGCAAGUUCAUCAGUGUCGGGCUGCCGGACACGGAUAGCCCGUUCCCGCCGGUGCACGCGAUGUCGCUGGCGAUGCCAGGGUGUCUCAUGGGCGGCAGCGCGGUCGGUAGCAAGAAGGAGGCGCUUGAGAUGCUUGAGCUGGCGAGGAGCAAGGGCAUCAAGCCCUGGGUGGAGGAGAUGCCGAUGAAGGAGUGCAAGAAGGCGGUGGAAGGAGUGAAGGCGAACCGCGCGCGGUACCGCUAUGUGUUGAUGCAGGACAUCGACAACUGA